AUGAUUUCCAAGUUACUGAACGAAUUUGGAGAAAGAUUUGCAGACUUAAAGAACCUUGAGAGUGAUUUCUCGAUCUUUCGAAAUCCUUUCUCAAGUGUUGAUAUUGGUACAUUCUAUCAAUAUGUUGGGCCAAGAUAUCCUCGAAUCAAAUGUUUGGCCUCAAAGAUUAUGUCAAUGUUCGGCAGUACCUAUGUCUGUGAGCAACUCUUCUCACUGAUGAACUUGAACAAGUCUGGACUCAGGUCUCGGCUCACUAAUGAACACCUCAACUCAACACUGAAAGUAGCCAUUACUCAAUCUCUGGCGCCAAACAUAGACGAACUUGUACAGACCAAGAGGUGCCAAGUUUCUGGGAGCAGCACGACCAGGAAUUAA